AUGCGAACCGUCUUUGACCGUCUCUCGACAGACCCGUCCGUUCGUGCCAUUGUUUUCUCCGGAUCCGGUGAGAAGGGUUUCUCGGUUGGCAUAGAUCUGAAAUGGGUUUCCAACAAAGAUUCACCAUUUAUGGCCCGGCCAGACGAGAUCGUCGAUCCAGGCAGACGGGCAGUCACUACUCUUCGACGAUUUGGGGUUGAAUUCCAGGAGUGUAUUUCUAGUAUUGAGAGGUGUGAGAAACCUGUUAUCUGUGCCAUGCACGGCUACGCACUAGGCAUGGCAAUGGACGUCUGCUCGGCGGCGGACAUGCGAAUCUGUUCUAAAGACACCGUCUUCUGUGUCAAAGAAGUCGAUAUCGGCAUUGCAUCUGACAUUGGGAUUCUCGCACGGCUCCCAAAGGUCGUUGGCUCAUAUACAUGGGUCAAAGAUGUAGCCAUGUCUGGCCGAAAUUUCAAUGCGGAUGAGGCCCUCCGAGUUGGGUUCGUGAGCACUGUCCUCCCAACAAAGAAUGAUGUGAUCGGUGAAGCAUUCAGAGUUGCAAGGAAUCUGAGCGAGAAAAGCCCGGUCGCGGUACAAACAAUCAAACACUUUUUGGAUUACAGCCGAGAUCGCACCGUUGCUGAAGGGCUCCAAUACCAACUAGCGUAUAAUGUCGCAGCGGUUCAAACCAAGGAUGUUCCAGUUGCUAUUUCAUCUAUAUUAUCGAAGGAGAAGCCCAUCUUUGGAAAGCUCUAG